AUGGAGGCUACAAAUCUAGCUCUGCCGCCGCGGGAAUCUCUUAAGUCUCGUUCAGAAAAUAAGGGAUUACAAUUAAGUGCCAAACCUAACCAAGUUGGAACAGUACUACUAUACGGCGUACCUAUCGUCUCCUUAGUUAUCGAAGGUGUGGAGCGACUGUGUCUCGCACAGAUCUCUAACACCCUACUAAAGCAGUUCUCAUACAACGAGAUACAUAACCGCCGCGUCGCACUCGGUAUCACAUGCGUGCAGUGUACUCCAGUACAACUGGAGAUACUGCGAAGAGCUGGAGCCAUGCCAGUGUCAUCGCGACGAUGUGGAAUGAUAACACGACGGGAGGCGGAACGUCUCUGCAAAUCCUUCCUCGGAGACAAUGCUCCGCCUAGGUUACCUGAUGAUUUUGCGUUUGCUGUUCACCACGAGUGUGCGUGGGGCUGUAGGGGUGCUUUUUUACCCGCCAGAUACAACUCAUCACGGGCUAAAUGCAUCAAGUGUGCCUACUGCGGCCUGUUCUUCUCUCCCAACAAGUUCAUCUUCCACUCGCACCGCGUGGGCCCCGGCGAUAAGUACGUUCAGCCCGACGCCGCUAACUUCAACUCGUGGCGUCGACACAUGAAGCUCAGUGGCAGCCCGCCUGAUGAAGUGGUCCACGCGUGGGAAGACGUCAAGGCAAUGUUCAACGGUGGGACUCGGAAGAGGAUGCUGUCUGCUGCUAGAAGGUUACCUGUUCGCAGACCGGAGCCCGAGGUAGAGGCAAAGCGGGCGCCGGCCAGCCCGCCCAGCGCCGCGCCCGUGCCGCGCCUCGCCGACUACGUAUGGGGAGCGCGUCUUCCGUUGCCCUAUAUACCUUGGCUCAAACCCACGUUAUGGACUCCUGGUGCGUUAACAGCUCUGAGUGGUGUUGGUGCAUUGGAAGAGCCGCGUGCCUUUCGUCCAGUUCGCUCACAUCGUUUAGAAUCACCACAGCUUUCUCCAACAUCGCCACAACGUUCACCUGCUAGGUCUCCAUUAGCAACAUCAUCGCCCAGACGAAGCCGCUCCCCGCUUCGCUCACCACCACGCUCCCCGCUCCGCUCGCCUAUAUGCUCGUCGCCCGCCAGGUCGUCCAAGAGCGACAGAGACAGCGAUGAAAGCGUAGACAUCGAAACUACUGAAGAGGAUCACGCGAAAGACGCAGUCAAUAGCUUAGCAAUGAGUGGAUCGUAUUAUCCAGUGGCGAAGUAA